UUGAGCGCAAGAAAAUUUCCACCUGGGUUCGAAUUUGGGGCGGCUACUUCAUCGUACCAGGUCGAAGGAGCGUGGAAUAUUAGCGACAAAGGGGAGAGUAUUUGGGACAGGUUCACUCACCAAAACCCAAAGGGCAUCGUAAACGGUGCAAACGGUGACGUUGCUUGUAACUCAUACUAUAACUGGAUGGAUGACGUGGAAAUUGCAACUGAGCUGGGUUUACACUUUUAUCGGUUUUCAAUAUCAUGGCCCCGCCUACUUCCGUCUGGUUUCAUCGACAAAAUAAGUGAAGACGGUAAAAACUAUUAUAAUAAGGUUAUUGACGCUUUACUUCUGAAUGGAAUCAAGCCAGUUGUUACACUGUAUCACUGGGACUUACCACAGAGGCUACAAAACUUAGGGGGAUGGACAAACCCUUAUAUAGCAGACUGGUUUGCGGAUUACUCAAGAGUUGCCUACACAUUGUUUGGCGACCGCGUGAAGACCUGGAUAACUAUUAACGAGCCCGUAGUGAUUUGCGAUUUGUCGUACAACUCAGGUGCCUUUGCGCCUGGCAUCAAAGACCCAGAACUGGGUAAUUACCUAUGUAGCAAAAAUAUACUUUUGGCGCAUGCUAAGGCCUGGAGGAUUUAUGACGAGGAGUUUAAACCGAAAUAUCAUGGUAAAGUAGGAAUAACCAACCUAUUAUUUUGGUUCGAGGCAGCGAAUGAGGAAGACCAAGAUUUGACUGAACUUAUAAGAACAUAUAUGACUGGAAUGUAUUCGGAUCCGAUUUACGCAAAAGACGGUGGCUGGCCAUCAAAAAUAGAGUUGAUUAUAGCAGAGAACAGCAGGAAGCAAGGGUUUCCACGCUCAAGACUACCCGCAUUCACACAAGAGGAAAUUGAAUUUGUUAAAGGUACUUAUGAUUUCUAUGGCAUAAAUUAUUAUUCGUCUCGUACUGUGCGGAAGGCUAAAGCUGGUGAGACUAUUGGCAGUUGGCCACUUGGCAACGGCGCCGUGGAGUUCAACGCUGUUCUGGACGUCCGUCCGGAGUGGAAGAAGGCGGCGUCGUCCUGGUUUUGGAUAAACCCGCCAGGCAUUCGAAAUAAAUUAGCUUGGCUGAAGAAGACAUAUGGUGAUAUCGAGAUACUUAUAACGGAAAAUGGAUUAUCAACUUUCAGCGAUGAUCUGAAUGAUGUAGAGCGAUUAAAUUACCACAGGAAUCACUUAGAACAGGUUUGGCUGGCCAUAAACAAAGAUGGUGUCAAUGUGACCGGUUAUACCGCCUGGACAAUGAUGGACAACUUUGAAUGGUGUGACGGCUAUGCAGUCAAAUUUGGCCUAUACAGCAUAAACUUUGAUGACGAGAACCGACGCCGCAAUCCGCGCGCGUCUGCGAAGUACUACGCGGAUGUCAUACGAAGCCACAGUUACGACGUAGCGAACAAAAAAUAUACAACAGAUAAACUUUACUCAGUUUUGUUUUAUGUACCGGUGCCUAUUCUCCUCUUGACGCUAAUGCUAAUGAUGAUUUCAUGCCCGACGCCCUCAAAGUCAUUUACCGCAAGACAUCAUAAAUUAACGGACGUUCCCGAUGCUCUUUAG